AUGAUAAGAGCCCAUCAAUCAUUAAAAGUUGCCACCAAACGUUUGUUUACAUCUUCGUCCCUUCUGUGCGACAAAAAAUCGCCCACGGGCGUUGUAUUUAUGAAUAUGGGAGGUCCGUCGACUGUGAACGAGACUAGAGAUUUCCUUUACCAGUUAUUUGCUGACAACGAUUUGAUUCCAAUUAGCCGGAAGUAUCAGCCUACAAUUGCCAAAUACAUUUCUAAAUUCCGGUCGCCUAAAAUCGAGCAACAGUACCGUGAAAUUGGUGGAGGGUCCCCUAUCAAAAAAUGGUCAGAGUUGCAAGCGAAACGUGUAUGUGAGAUUUUGGACGAAAAAUGCCCUGAAUCUGCUCCUCAUAAGCCGUACGUAGCAUUCCGGUACGCGAGACCCUUGACAGGUGAGACUUACAAGCGGAUGUUGAACGAUGGAGUUCGUAGGGCCAUUGCCUUCUCACAAUACCCACAAUUCUCUUAUUCUACCACUGGAUCAUCCAUCAACGAACUUUGGCGUCAAAUAAAGAAAUUGGAUCCGGAACGUACCAUUAAUUGGUCCGUAAUCGAUCGUUGGCCAACCAAUGAGGGUUUAGUCAAAGCAUUUGCGGAAAACAUCACUUCUAAGCUCCAAGAAUUUCCCGAAGAUAUCAGAAAAAAAGUCGUUCUACUCUUUUCAGCUCAUUCUUUGCCCAUGGAUGUAGUAAAUACAGGAGAUGCAUAUCCAGCGGAGGUUGGAGCGACAGUAUGGCGUGUGAUGGAAAAACUUGAUUUUUGUAACCCUUACAGACUUGUUUGGCAAUCCCAAGUUGGUCCUAAACCUUGGUUAGGAGCCCAGACUGCUGAUGCAGCCGAAUGGUUAGCUCCUUCUGAACCGGGGCUCAUUUUCAUCCCAAUUGCAUUUACAUCGGAUCAUAUCGAAACUCUUCAUGAAAUUGACUUAGGCGUAAUCGGCGAAUCACCUUACAAAGACAAGCUAAAACGUUGUGAAUCUUUGAAUGGGAAUGAAAAUUUCAUUGAAGGCAUGGCGGCUCUUGUUGAAGAUCAUCUAAAAAGUGGACAACUUUACUCAAAACAACUUCCCCUAGACUUUACACUGGGAAAAUCCAACGACACUUUUGAAAAACUAUCGGAUGUGUUUGGUGACCACUCUGCCAAGUAA